CGACAUUUUACAAUCAUGAUACAGCCUCGAAUCUAGCGGUCGGCAGGAUUUGCUGACUCGCUCGCUCUAAACUACCGCGCUCGCGAGCUAUCCUCACUUGCGACUCCACGAAAGAUGGAGAUUCACCGCUCCCGAUUCGUCCCAUAUCCGUCCUCCGCAAUCAAUGCGCUCGCCUUCUCCCACGCCACAAAGGAAAAGACUACCGGCGAGGACCCGUCUUCCCUGCGGUUAGCGAUUGGACGAGCAAACGGAAAUAUCGAGAUAUGGAAUCCUGGAAAAGGCAUAUGGGUUCAAGAGAAAACAUUCAGCGGCGGGAAAGAGAGAAGCGUGGAAGGCCUGGCGUGGAUCCAAGAGCCUGGAGAAGAGGGGAAGGGUGGCAAAACGCUGCCGGGCAGGUUACGUCUAUUCAGCAUCGGAUAUUCAAGCAGUAUCACCGAAUGGAAUCUGGUCACUGGUCUUCCCGCGCGAAGUUCUGGAGGGAACCACAGUGAAGUGUGGUGUUUUGCUGCACAACCCCAGUGGGUCGGGCCCAAAAAGAAGUCUAGCGCUGCAAGAGAAGGGGAAUUCAGGGGCCAAAAUCUGGUUGCAGGCUGCGCCGACGGAACCCUGGCUAUGAUAUCGACCGCAGAAGAAGAUCUCAGGUUUCAAAAGCUCAUAGCCCGGCCUACGAAGAAGAAGGCAAGAGUACUCAGUGUUGCUUUCCAGGACAGAAACAGGGUUGUGGCAGGCUAUGCGGACAGCACAAUACGGGUCUUCGACAGUCGAACAGGAGAAUCUCUUCGCAGCAUAUCGCUAGGCUCAGGCCCGAAGGGCGGUCCAACGGAGAUUCUCGUGUGGAAGAUAAGAUGCCUCCCAAAUGGUGACAUCGUGUCGGGAGAUUCGUUGGGAGAGCUGCGUUUCUUCGGCGGAGAAAGCUAUUCUCAAAUCCAGCGUCUUGCAGGGCACGAAGCAGACAUUCUCGAUCUUGCUGUCAGUAACGACGGACAGUACAUUUUCACUGGUGGAAUGGACCGUCGGACAGCGUUAUUCAAAUGCAUCCGGAGCAAUGGAAAGAAAGAAGUUGGCCAUGGCUCAUGGGUCAAGGUCAGCCACAGUAAAUUUCACGAUCACGAUGUCAAAGCUCUGGCGACCUACAACGGAAAGGACCUGAGCGUCACCGUCUCAGGAGGCAUUGACACACAACCGAUCGUUGUCCCCAUCCGAGAAUUUGGAAAGGAGUACAGUCGAUCUCUUCCUUUCCUACCCCAGACUCCGCCGUUGGCUAGUGCCCCAGGUGCACGUCUUCUCGUGAGCUGGUGGAACUGCGAGAUCCGGAUCUGGAGAAUCCCUAGGAACACAGGAGCCGAGCAACGGCCAAAGCUUGUUGCAAAGAUGGCACUUCUCGGUGAAGAGCAUAUCACCUCUGCCGCUAUUUCCCAGAAUGGACUUGUUUUAGCAGUUGCCACAGUAGCUAAAGUCAAGUUCUUCCAACUUGCGUCACACGACACGUCAAAAGGGGAAAAAUUCAGUAUCUCCAAAUUGCAUUCAACUUCUCUCCCUGGAGCAACAUUGGUUCAGUUUUCAGGCAAUGGGAAAUGGCUAGCGAUAAUCACGCCCACAGCAAAUGUUCUGCUAGCACGCUUAGUUCCUGCAGACGACAGCAACCAGCAGUGGACGGUUCUCCCUCGCCUAGUCACCCUUGAACGCUCCACGAGAACGGCCGAUCCCAGUUCACUGAACGGCUUCUGGGGUAACUACUAUCGUACCAUCACGCACGCCGACUUCUCUGACGACAGCACUGUCCUGGCUGUCGGAGAUCUAGGUGGUCACAUCGACGUGUGGGUUGUGGAAGGCAACGAGGACCCUACUGCAGCUGCCGUAGAUGUUGCCAUCGAGUCGUCGUCAUCAACAGAUGACGAGGAGUCAGGAAGCGAAGACGAUCAAAAGAAGCAAUCAAUAGUUAUCAUGGGACAGCACUGGCGGCAACACCCCAAUGCAGCCGCCAUCCCGAAGCUCGACUCCGCGCCUCUAGUCCUAUCGUUCCGACCCGCUUCCUCAAGCUCGCAGCCUCAACCAAACGGCAAUCCAGGCGUCCACGCAACUAGACAUAACCCACAUCCGCGCUCGCAUGAGCUACCGGGGGGAGAGCAGCGCUUCAUGAUUGUAUCCGCCAAGCACAGCGUGUACGAGUUCGAUCUGCUCAAUGGCGGAUACAGCGGGAUCUCGGCCUGGUCGAGACGCAACCCGACGUCCCAGUUCCCCACGUCGUUCAUCGGCAACAAAGACAGGACAAAGGGCUGCGUGUGGGACAUUCAUGAGGGGAACGAGCGUGUAUGGUUGUAUGGUGUCAACUGGCUGUUCAUGCUUGACCUCUCCAAGGACCUCCCGGAUCCGGAGACGCUAUUGGUACGGAAUGGCGCGAAUCAAUUAUCAGGCCAGGAGCUGUCCAAGAAACGGAAAAGGAAGUCUGGCGAGGAGGGGCCGAGGAAGAAGAGUAGCGGUGCGGGUGAUGCUAUCCCUGCUUCGAAUGUGCUUAGCUCCGUUGGCAAGUUCACCGGUGGCGAGUCUGACGAGUCCCAAUGGAUCAGCUUGGACGCCAGGCUCACCCCAGACCCCGACGAAGAUGGGGAAGAUACUCGACUGAUACUACCCAAAGUACGGCGAGGUGUCAAGACAGAAUUGGACGGUAACGAGGAGAACGUCGUAAUAGAAAACGGUACCGAGAAUUAUGUUAGUGGAGACGCCUCCGAGGAUAAGGCACUAUCGAAGCGAAAGAACAAGAAGCAAGAGGCGGUGAAGGAGCGCGGGCUUCGUGAGUCGUGGUGGCACACGUUCAAGUAUCGCCCCAUUCUGGGCAUCGUACCGAUUGGAGAGCAGAGCGGGCCGCUGGAGGUGGUCCUCGUCGAACGCCCGUCUUGGGAUCUGGACCUUCCGCCAAGACUCGUGGGGAAUCAUGAACGUGCGCUUUAGGGGCUUUUUGAUAUGUACUAGGGUUAGCGGGAAUGCAGAGACGCGCGGUACGCAGUUGACUGUAGGAUGACGAAUUAAAAGCAAGGUGUGGAGAUCAAUCUAUCUUUUGUCUGUCGAUUGUUCGGCGAGAACAAACAUUCGUAUUCGGUUCUUUUAGUGCUUCGUUCUGAGUGUGUAAGAAAAAGCUCUUAGCACUGCUACAGAGUAUUUCAGGUUGAUAUCAGGCAUAUGAGAAGGGGAGUUUGUGGAUCUAGAAAUACGAUCGAUAAGGGGGCCGAGACGAGGUGACCUCUUCCCCCAUGAUAAGUCUCUAUGUUUUUCCGGCGCGGGAUUCCGCCUAGAUGAAGCACACUACGAGCCAAUGGUCGUCCCAGGGAUCUUUAUGGAGUAAAUAGUGACUUGAGUUGAAAACAUCAGAUUCACGCUUGAGCAAAUCAGACAUAUUAGGAUUUGGUAAUAGGCGAAUUCAAGGCAGCAAAAAAACGUGGCAUUC